AGCGCGCCCCGCGAGGUGUCGGGUCUGGUAGUGUUCUGGCGGAGCCGCCGUGGGCUCGUAGGGGUCCUCGCCGCCGCCGCCCUCUCUUCCUCUUCCCCGUCCUUUACUCCAGGGUCCCGGGAGUCCCCGCCCCGGGAGAGUUGCCCUUGCAGAGUACCGUGCUUGACAGAGACGUGGCUGGUGACAACAUGACAAGUGAGGUGAUAGAAGACGAGAAGCAGUUCUACUCAAAGGCCAAGAUCUACUGGAAACAGAUCCCACCCACGGUGGACGGCAUGCUUGGGGGGUAUGGUCACAUCUCCAACAUCGACCUGAACAGCUCCCGGAAGUUCCUGCAGAGGUUUUUGAGGGAAGGCCCAAACAAGACAGGAACUUCCUGUGCCCUGGACUGUGGUGCUGGCAUCGGAAGGAUCACCAAGCGGCUGCUCCUGCCAUUGUUCAGAGUGGUGGACAUGGUGGACAUGACAGAGGACUUUCUGGCCAAAGCCAAGACCUACCUGGGAGAGGAGGGCAAGAGGGUGAGGAACUACUUCUGCUGUGGACUGCAGGACUUCAGCCCGGAGCCCAAUUCCUAUGACGUGAUCUGGAUCCAGUGGGUGAUAGGCCACCUGACCGAUCAGCACCUGGCAGAGUUCCUGCGGCGCUGCAAGCGGGGCCUGCGCCCCAACGGCAUCAUCGUUAUCAAAGACAACAUGGCCCAGGAAGGCGUGAUCCUGGAUGAUGUGGACAGCAGUGUGUGCCGAGACCUGGAGGUGGUGCGCAGGAUUGUCCGCAGCGCGGGCCUCAGCCUCCUGGCCGAGGAGAGGCAGGAGAACCUCCCCGAUGAAAUCUACCAUGUCUACAGCUUUGCCCUGAGAUGAGCCAGGCUGGCUGACAAAGCCAGGGACUGGAGCUAGGGUGGGGGCUGGCAGUGGCAAGAUCUGCCACUAAAUACACCUGUCUGCUGU